AUGAUCAACGGCACUGUGACGCUGAAGCUGUACCACAUGGCGUGGCUCGAGCACGUGGUGACCGAUGCCAUCCGCUUCUGGGAGACACGCAAGGGAAGGCUGUCCAACUCUGCGGGUGUCAACGCGCAGAUCGUGGACGGCCUCCGCGAGUGUGCACUGACGGACGUCAUGGCGGCGGUCGAUGAGUUCCAGCCGUCGUACGACGCACCCACUUCCUCAUGGGCAUGGGGCCGCCAUGGCCUGCGCCUUUCUUCGUGCGGCAUCGAGCGCCAGGCGACAGCCGCGCCAGCAGGCAGCGAGAGCGGGAGGGAGGGAGACAAUCUCUCUCUGAACUGA